AUGCCAGAGAUCACGCUCCUCUACUUUGCCGCCGUCCGCACCUCGCUCCCCUCCGAGCCGGCCUCGCAAGUCGUGCGCCUCCCCGACUCGCCCUCGCCCUUGCCGCUGUCGAGCCUGCGCCACUACCUCGUCGACGAGGUGCAUCGCGGCAACGACGACUUUGCGCGCGUGCUCGAGCGGUGUGCGUGGAGCGUCGACGAGGAGAUGGUCGACGACGACGAUGAGGGCGUCGCUCUCAAGGGCGGCGAGGUCGUGUGCCCGAUCCCGCCCGUGAGCGGCGGCUGAGCGAGCGGUGCGCGAGGGUGGACGAGAAACGCGCUGGUACAACAACGAGGGCACGGCGCUACAACCCACCUCCCCCCUCAAGCCGCCUUCGCCCUCUUGGCCGCGCGCCGCUCCUCGACCUCCCUCCUCUUGUCCUCGAUCCGCCUCUUCCUCUCGUCCCUCUCGCGCUCCCUCUCGCGCUUGACCCUGUCCCCCUCGACCUCGCGCUCGCGCCUCUUCCUCUCCGUCUCGG